AAGAAACUGCACACUGGUACAGUGCUCACUGCUGCAGUCGAACAGACAAUAACUGCGAGUCAGCCAGACUGAAAACAUCUUAAAAUGGAGCACCAGGACCUGAUGAAUUCUGGACAGUAUGGCUCUGGAGAGAAUGUGGCCUCUGCCGUGGCCGACAUGUCCAUCAACGACAGCCCUGCCGAAGGCAUGAAGAACGGUAUGGCGGUACACAUGGGGCCUGGAGAUGGACCAGGCAAAGCUGUAGCAAGAACACCAGGAGCAGAUGAUUUAACACCAGAUGAGCUCUCUCCGCCACAUAGUGGCAGAAGCUGUGUGGCGUCUGUGGAAAAAGAGCAGGAGGAGCUUCUAAAUAAGAAGAGUCCUGGAUCUGUUAGCCCACGGCAGUCACCCAUCUCUCCGAAGGACUUACAAGAUUACCAAGCUGACACUUUUGGGUUAAAGAGAAGUCCUUCAGAGGAGGUGGUCAUUGGGCGGGAGUCACUGAGCCCAUGUCAGUCACCCAUGUCCUCUCAAGCUUCACCAGCUGUGCAGAUUGAUGGUUUCGAGCGCGAGCUGAACAAAAGUCCAGAGGAGAUGGUUGAAAAACAAAUUCCAAGUGCUUUUAAAGAUGAGGAAUCGGAAGAGGAAGCUGUGAAGCAUGAUAAAGAAGAUGAGAAUGUCGCUUUUAGCUCUGAUCAUGAGACAGGGUUGGCAGGUGUUGACGUGCCUACUAAUGGUUCUAACAAGGAGGACCACACAGAUGAACCAGAAAUGGAAGAAGAUGAAGAGGAAGAAAAAGAGCAAGCAGAUAAAGAAGAGGAACAAGAAGAGGAGAAAGAAUCAGACGCAAUUCCUUCAGCUCUUAGCACUGAUGCCCCAGAUGUGUCACCACAAAAUGAUGAAAUCUUUGACUCUAUGCACAGCAUGGCUCAAUUCCAACCCUCAAUUCCUCAAGAAGAAGCUAAGAAACGAGUUCUAUCAUUCGACUACACUGAAUCUCAUGGUCAACAAGAAAUCCCUGACGGCUGGCAGAAUGGCUCUGAUAAGACACCCCCGGGCAGCAAAAGUCCUGAUUCCUGCAAAGCUGACCCUGGCUCCCCAUUCUCCCCCAGCACUCCUGCUGACCACACUCAAGAAUCACUACUUACUGACUAUCAGAAUAUAGAAACCCCAGAGGACAUACCAGUAGAACAGGAAGUGGAACCAAAUGAACAGGUGGAAAUGGAAGUGGAACCAAAUGAACAGGAUGUGGAAGAAGUCUGCAUUGCCACAACCCAUCAAAUAGUGGCAGAACCUGCAAUUAAACCAGUGGAGGACACCCAACCAGAGGAGCCAACAGACUCCAAACCAGAAGAGUACUUGGAGACAACUGAUAAAGUUCUUGUUGCUGCUGAGCCUGUUGCCAAACCAGAACAAACAGCAGCUGUUGCUGGUGUUGAUGCAGGCAAACCCAAAGCCCCCGAACCAAUGAAAACAGCACCCGCUAAAACAGAACCUGUCAAAGACACCAUUGUUCCAAAAGCAAAGAAACCUGUUGCCAGCGUUGCUGCGACACCGGUGACCAAAUCCACUGCAAAGCUCGAGAAAACCCCCUCAAAAGACACCGCACCAAUUCGAAAAACAAGCGCCCCACCCAAAGCCAAAGCUGGGGCAACAGCAGGAGCAUACGAUAAAAAUGCCAAGGCUGGUGAUGCUAGGACGAAGACAGGUGCUAGACCUCAGGGAGUGGUCACCAAAAUUCCACCUGAUUCACCCAAGACUCCAGAUCGCAGUGGCUGCAGCAGCCCUGCCAGUCGAUCCAGUACUCCAGGGCACCAGGUGAAAAAGGUGGCUGUUGUGCGCACUCCACCCAAAUCUCCUGGCUCGCUCAGAUCCCGUGCACCCAUCACCCCCGUCGCACCUAUGCCUGACCUGAAGAACGUCAGGUCUAAGAUCGGCUCCACUGAGAACAUUAAGCAUCAGCCAGGAGGAGGCAAGGUGCAAAUUCUUGAGAAGAAGAUGGAUUUAAGCAACGUGCAGUCAAAGUGUGGCUCCAAAGCCAACAUCAAGUACACUCCAGGAGGUGGCCAUGUUCAAAUAGUGCAUAAAAAGAUUGAUCUGAGCAACGUGCAGUCAAAGUGUGGCUCAAAGGCCAACAUCCACCAUAAACCAGGUGGAGGAAAUGUUGAGAUCAAAUCAGAGAAGUUGGAGUUUAAGGCUCAGUCGAAAAUUGGAUCUCUGGAGAACAUCGGCCAUGUGGCCGGAGGAGGAAACAAAAGGAUUGAGAGUCAUAAGUUAAGCUUCCGUGAGCAGGCCAAGGCUCGUACCGAUCACGGUGCAGACAUCGUGGUUCAAUCCCCCUCCAUGUCCACGGAUGGUUCACCCCGUCCCCUCAGCAAAGUCUCCUCAUCCGGCAGCAUUAACAUGAGUGAAUCGCCACAGCUCUCCACGCUUGCAGACCAGGUGACCGCCUCCCUCGCUAAACAAGGCCUGUGAUCCGAUCGCCAACGCUGGGAGAAGCCCAAGAUUAAUCCUGCAAGAAAAAAAAAAAGGUUUAAAAAAGGAAACACAACUAAAAAAGAAAAAAUUAAAGCAUUUCCCUUAGUAUUAAAAUGGUGCUUGCUGGAUUUCUUCAUGCAUUUUUAAUUUUUAAUUAUAGGGGACUGAUAGUUAUUGGCUUGUUAUUUAUGAUGAGUUGAACUGGAGUUGGUACUGUAUUGAUUUAAUACUCAGUACUUAACUACAGUUCUAGGAAAUCUACUUUUUACUGUACGCUACCUUUCCAUCACUCUCUCUCUGCUUAGUUGCCUUAUUGUGAAUGCUUUUCCUAAUUUGCCUUUCAUUAUUUAUUAAUGACUGCUAACAGGUUUGUUUUUAUAUGUGAAAUUUACUACCUGCUACUGGACUGCAAGUGAAAAAAUGAAGCCAAAUGAGCCAAUAUGGGCUUUUGAGACUGUUGGGAUGCAAACAACAAUCCAUAGAUUCUACAGGUUUAAGAUCAAUCAUGCAUGUUUCUAUACUGUAAUAAUGCAAGACUUCUGAAUAUAUAAAAUAUACAGCUCGCAUAGAGUUUCAACUGACAGAUACUUUGAUGUGAUUGGACCAAUAAAAAAACACUUUCCAGUG